AUGAUUCCAUAUCCUUCGGGACGUCUGCAUAUGGGCCAUCUUCGCGUGUAUACUGUUACGGAUGUGCUUGUGAGAUACUAUCAUCUGAUUGGAAAGGCUGUUAUCUUUCCAAUGGGCUGGGAUGCAUUUGGUCUUCCCGCAGAAAACGCAGCGAUCGAUAAAGGUGUCCUUCCCGAUGAAUGGACAUAUACUAAUAUAGAUAGCAUGAAACAACAACUUUUGACCGAUAUGAAAUUAAAUCUUGACUGGUCGCGGGAAUUCGCUACUUGCAAUCCCGACUAUUACAAGUGGACUCAAUGGAUAUUUGUUAAACUUUUCAAAGCUGGACUAGCAUACAGACGAUUGGAAGAAGUUAAUUGGGAUCCUGUGGAUAAAACAGUUCUUGCAAACGAACUUGUUGAUUCUGAAGGUCGGUCGUGGCGUUCUGGGGCUCUAGUUGAGAAACGAGCAAUGCGUCAGUGGUAUUUCCGGUCUUUAGCCUACUCUGAAUCCUUGAAACACGGUCUUAUGGAGAUUAAGGGUCAACAAUGGAGGGAUGUAAUUCAAAUGCAGGAGGGCUGGAUCGGUUCAAAUGAUGGAUAUACUCUAGAGUUCGAUCUAGACUUCCAUUCUGCAGAUGUGGAGCUGCAAGGAGAACGUUUAGCAGUCUUUUCUAAACACCCUGGCUUAGCUGCCGCGGAAGUCACUAACUUUGUGUCUGUUGGUCCUCGGAGUAUUUACUGGAACGAUCGUUUCAGAUUUCCAGAAUCCAGUCGUGGAGCUAACUCCUCCAGAAAGUUGGUUUUGGUGAACAUUGACCCAAGCUCACGGAAGCUCAUUAUACAGCCUUCUGCCACUUGCAGUCCUUGGCCGGAAAAGUUAAAUAUUAGUGUUAAAAAUCUCCUUACUGACAGCUACAUCCCUUUGAUCUACGACCCGGAACUUCGUUCUAAUAUUCAAUUCGAAACGCACGUUGAAUUGGGGACCCCCGAAUUAUGUGAUCGACAUAAGGAAUUGAGUCAAUUUCUUGAUCUCCCUUCUCCCAAGGCACAAAUUUCCGUUGAAUCAAAUGAUGAAGAGGGAAUUAUAAUCAUGGAAAGUCCUGUUACUGCGUUUAAUGGACUCAGGCUGAAGGAGGCGAACACACUAGCAAUCGAAAAAUUAAAGAUUUCUGACUAUAGGCUUUAUCGUAGCAGUCAGCAUAAAAAGGAUUGGUCAGUUUCAAGGCAACGUUAUUGGGCUACACCAAUUCCUCUUAUUCACUGUCCAAAGUGCGGGACUGUUCCUGUUCCAGAGGAAGAUUUACCCGUCAAACUCCCUCCUUUGAUGGGAACCCUUAAGCGUGGAGAUGUGCCUCUUAAGGAAAAUAAAGAAUGGAUGUAUACUACGUGCCCUAACUGUGAAGGACCAGCUGAAAGGGAGACUGAUACUUUAGAUACAUUUGUGGACUCUGCUUGGUAUUAUCUUCGUUUUCUCGACCCAAAGAAUGAUAAAGAGCUAUGUUCUCGGUCUAAUGCUCACAAGCAUAUGCCGGUGGAUAUCUAUGUUGGUGGUAUUGAACACGCUAUCCGCCACUUAUUCUACGCCCGUUUCAUUGCCCACUUCUUGCACAAGGAACUGGGUCUUUUACCAUGUCGCGAACCAUUCAAGAAGUUCCUUCCAGUUGGUCUUGUUUUGGGAAUUACUUACAAGAACCCCAUCACUGGCCAAUUCUUCCCUGCCGACAAAGUGGAAAAGGACAGCAAUGGAGUAAUCUUUGGGACAUUUUAA